GUAUUGGCGUCAUGUAAAAAGCAUUGGUUAGAUAGGCGAUUGACUACAAGUUUCCAUUCUGUAUAUUCUGUAUAGACAGGCCACAGGCGACAAAACCAAAUUCAGCAUUCAAUGAUUCAAUGCAGCCGAUUCUUGCAUUGUUUAUUAGAAAAGUAUUAAUUUACUUAAUAUUGUUAAUUGUGGUGAAUAUCAAUGAAAUACAAUCACAAUCUACUUCUCUUAAUCCGGUAUUAAAGUACUAGGCAUAUUGAAAAGCAAUGGAUCAGAAGCCUAUGGAGAAAGUUGAUCUGAGCAAAGAAUCUGGUCUUAUGCACAAGAGCACACUCGACUACAUGAAAAUUGUCGAGCAGCAAAACUUGGAACGUGUGCAGCGGUUGAAGAAAAUCAGGGUCCGAAACUCAUUCACUGGGCUGGCUCUGGGUGCGAUUGCGUUCGGCAUCUACGGCUACUCGAUAGCUGCCAUUAAACAGGAGACUUUUCUUGAUGACUUUGAAGAACCUGAACUGGUACCGAAAGCUAGUGCACUAUAGAAUAGUUCAGUUGGUCAUUUUAUUUUAUUAUUGAUUUGUUAAUUUGUUAUCAUCACCUCUUGAUUAUAUUAUAAAAUUUUCAAUUUGAGUUGAAUUUUUUUCAAAAUGUCGAAAUUAGUUCACGCACGCCUUCCACCCCUGCCCACUAUCCGCGAUAUAAUUCGCCUGUACAAGCUGCGUGCCAUGCGAGAUCUAUCUCAGAAUUUUUUACUGGAGACUAAGAUCACUGAUAGAAUUGUCGCUGCUGCCGGCAAAAUAAAAGAUGGAGAAGUUUGCGAAGUUGGUCCAGGCCCUGGCUCCAUUACAAGAUCAAUAAUCAGGAAAAGUCCUGCACGCAUCGUUGUUAUUGAAAAGGACAAACGAUUCGAAGCUCCACUGGAGAUGCUCUCAGAGGCAUCACCUUGUCCACUGGAUAUCAUCUAUGGCGAUGUAAUGAAUUUCAAAAUGGAUAAGAUGUUCAGCGAAGACAGAAAAAGAGAAUGGAGUGAGAAACCUCCCGACAUCCAUCUUAUAGGCAAUCUUCCAUUCAAUGUGGCUACUCAUCUCAUCAUUCGUUGGCUCAAUAGCAUUGCCGAAAGAACAAACGCUUGGAGGUAUGGUAGAGUACAGAUGACUUUGACCUUUCAGAAAGAAGUGGCCGAGAGAAUGGUUGCUGCUAUUGGUUCCCCCCAGCGAUGUCGUUUGUCAGUCAUGUGCCAGAAUUGGUGUCAUGUCAAACAUUCUUUCACUAUACCAGGUUAG